AUGCGUCAAGCUAACACAUACUGCGCACAAAGCUUAGACGAUCCUCUCAUAUGGGGUGCUUUACCACUCAAGUAUAAUUCAACACCGUUGAGCGCUCGAUGGGGCCUUGGUGCUCAUGAUAUCUGCUUCAAGAACGGCCUCUUCAAGUCCUUCUUCAAUCUCGGUCAGGUAUUGCCAACAUAUCGUAUGCUUCAUUCACCCUACGGUGGGCUCUUCCAACCAACAAUGGCCCAGGCGGUCCGCCUUGUUUCCGGCCCCGGGGCCCUGUUCCCCCUGAAAGCGGCCUUCAGUGCUGGCAACAACGAGACUUUUGCCUCGCCUGCAUAUUACAAGAACAACCACAACGCGUGGGUCCACGUGUUCCCCGAGGGAUGUGUGCACCAGCAUCCACAGCGGACCCUCCGGUAUUUCAAGUGGGGAGUCUCCCGGUUGAUCCUCGAAUCCGAGCCGGCUCCUCAGCUCGUUCCUAUCUUCAUCGACGGCUUCUCAGACAUCAUGCCUGAGGACAGGCAGUGGCCGCGGUGGGCUCCGCGCAUCGGCGCCAAGAUCCGCGUUAUUUACGGCGAAGCCCUAGAAGUGGGCGAGGCUUUCAGGGAGCAGCGAACGAGGUGGAAGCGCAUGGUACAGAAAGAGGAGGAAGCUUCGGGCAAGCAGCUGAGUGUCGGCGAAGUGCCCGAGUCGCUCAAAAACCACCCUGAAGCUGUCCAGCUCCGCAUAGAAGUUGCAAAGACUGUUAGGGAUAUGGUCCAGAAACUGAGGUUGCGGGCAGGCUACCCUCAAGAUGACCCGGCGUAUGCCCUUGCUGAGACAUGGGAGCGCGAUCCCCAGCAGAAGCAGUAUAAAAGCCCUGUGGACGACGGUCUGGUCCACAAGGAAUGA